AUGGGUCAUCAUCAUCAUCAUCACGGUCAUCAUCAUCACAGUGGUUACGCUGCACCAAUGUACGUUCAACCAAUGGUCGCCCCAAUGGUCGCUCCAAUGGUUCCACCAGUCAUGUACCCACCUCCAAUGAUGGCUCCAAUGGUUGCUCCACCAAUGGUCGCCCCAAUGAUCUCACCAAUGGCUCCAAUUGCCCCAAUGGUCUCGCCAAUGGUCUAUCCACCAACCGUCAUCUAUGAAACUGGUCACCACCACCACGGUCACCAUCACGGUCACCACCACUUCUUCUAA